CGGCUCACCUAGUCAUUUCGUAGGAGCAGUCGUCGGCCACGGACGUGUCCGCCGCAAGAAACUCGCUCGGACCAGCGUGCAACGGACCCAGAGACCAACAGAACGCGAAACCGGCUCUUCGACAGACGUAACAAGAUGAAGGACAUCCGGUCACAGUACGAGCGUGAUGGCUUCGUCGUCCUGGAAGAUUUCUUCAAACCGGAAGAGAUCGACGAAAUGAAAGACUGCGUUCAACAGUACCCUAAAAAUAUGCCGCCGGAAAGUGAACGACACGUUUUCAACACGGAGACGUCGCAACAGAGUAAAGACAAAUACUUCGUGGACAGCGCCAACAUAAUCAGGAUGUUCUACGAAAAGGACGCGUUAGACAGUAACGGCAAGUUGAAGGUGGACCCUGAAAUCGCUUUGCACAAGGUUGGUCACGCGCUUCAUUGGCUCAAUCCCACGUUGAAGAAGUACUCGUUCGACGAGAGGAUAAAAGAAUUAAUGUUCCAACUGGAUUACAAAGAACCAGCCAUUUGUCAAUCAAUGAUCCUUUACAAGAACCCGGAAAUAGGAACAGAAAUACUCAUGCACCAAGACGCGACGUACUUGUACACCGAACCGGUCUCGGUAGUCGGUGUCUGGAUCGCUCUGGACGACGCUACCCAGGAGAACGGGUGUUUAUGGUUCGCGGCCGGGUCUCAUAAAAGCGGUGUCCAUCGUCGUUACAUCAGGAACAAAGAGCCAGACUCGAAAGAUCUGUUGGUCUACGACGGCGGGCUUCCGUGCUACCAACUGAGCAGCUUCCGGCCGGUGCCGGUGAAGAAAGGCACCUGCGUCCUCAUACACGGUCAGGUGGUGCACUUCUCGACCCCGAACAGGAGCGGAAAGUCGCGGAACGCGUACACUUUCCACGUGAUCGAGACACAGGACACGGUCUAUACGAAGGAGAACUGGUUGCAACCACCGCCGGAAGGAUUCCCGAAAUUGUACAGGAACUGAGCGACGCGUUCCGGGCGAGACCCUCGGGCGGAAUGAACGUUGUUCGAGCGCUCGAAAAUAUCACGGGGAUACAACGAUGCAGCACCGCUUGUUACUGUGGCUGUGGCCAUUUUUAUUUUUCACAUUAUACAAAAGUUAUUUCUUGUAAUAUAUAGAACUGUUAAUAAAAAAACUGUUAAAUUCAG